AUGUCUCACUACCCCCAACCGUCGUCGCUGGAGGCCGCUCUCCCGCUGCUGUCUCGUCCGGACCUUCGUCUCCGCCAGCAGCUGGGCGAGCGCCUGGUGAGCCUGGUCCGCUCCGAGGACCUCACGCCCGAACUGACGCCCGAGCUGACCGGGCCGCUUCUGGACGCGCUCGUCGGCUGGCUCAACGGAGGAAACUUUAAGGUCGCCCAGAACGGUCUGGAGGUGAUGUCGGCCCUCGCUGAACGUAUGGGCCCGGAGUUUUCACACUACGUGCCUACGGUGCUGCCUCACAUCAUAGACAGGCUGGCGGACACCAAGGAGGGCGUGCGUGUGUCUGCCCGCGCGUGUAUAGCGACCCUCAGCUCGUGCAGGGCGGCCGCGCCCCGCGCCAUACUGGCGAGACUCACGCCCGCGCUCGGACACAAGGCGGCGCACACCAGGGAGGAGGCGCUCACCUGCAUAGGGACGCUGCUGCACGAACACGGUGCAGCGGAGCUACAGUUGCGUGGCGCGGUCCCACAAGUAGCGGCUCUGCUCGGGGACCCCAGCGGGGCGGUCAGGGACGCGGCCAUAGAGCUGAUAGUGGACGUGUACCGACACGUGGGGGAGAGGCUGCGGCAGGACCUGCGGCGGAAGGACCUCGUGCCGCAACAGAAGAUGGCGCUGCUGGAGCACAGGUUCGACGAGGCUAAGGAGGCCGGCCUGCUGCUGCCAUCGGCGUUGGGAGCAGACGAGGCGGACUGCGCUCCUCGUGUGAAGCGCGCCCUCACUCUGCCCACGCCGAGAGGACGAGAGGAUACUUCAGGAGCCAGCACACCCGCGGGUGAGCCGAAGCGUACCACAGCGGGUCUGUACAGCCUGCCGUCAGCCAGCAGGAAGCCGCCGCCCCCCACCAAGAUGAACAGCGCGGCCAGCGUGAGCGGGGGAGGCAGCGGAGGUGUGGGGAGCGAGGCGGGCGCGGUGUCCAACGAGUCGUUCGAGGCGGCCUUCGCGAGCACCGCCCCCGCCGCCGUGUACGGCGCGCGCGGCCUGGACGACCUGUGUAGACACGCCGCCGCACUGCUGGGGGACCGCGCCGCCGACUGGGAGAAGAGGGUCGACGCUCUGAAGAAGAUCCGCUCGUUGUUGGCGGCGAACGCGCACGUGCAGUUCCCGUCGGAGUUCGCGGCGCACCUGAAGGACCUGUCGGUGCCGUUCUUAGUGGUCAUCAAGGACCUGCGCAGCCAGGUGGUGAGGGAGGCCUGCAUCACCAUUGCAUACAUGGCCAAGGUGCUGCGGAACAAGCUGGAGCAGUUCAGUCUGUACAUACUGCAGGAACUCAUCAACCUCAUACAGAACGCAGCCAAAGUGGUGUCGUCGGCGGGCACGGUGUGCGUGCGGUACAUCGUGCAGCACGUGCCGGCGCCGCGCCUGCUGCCGGUGCUGGUCACCAACCUCACCACCCACAAGAGCAAGGAGAUCCGCGCCACGCUCAGCGAGGUGCUGCUGCUGCUGCUGCGCUCGUGGCCGCGCCCCGCGCUCGACCGACACCAGGCAGCCAUAGCUGACGCUAUACGGAAAGCAUGCGCAGACGCUGACAGCACGGCCCGGAAUAACGGCAGGAAAGCGUUCUGGUCGUACAAGAGUCAGUUCCCGGAGCAGGCGGAGGCUCUGUUCAGUCGGCUGGACGUGGCCGCGCAGAAACAACUGGAGAGGGACAAGGCCGGCUCUAUGGACGGACUGCAGCAGUUGAUACCCGAGAGAACCAGAACCAUCACCAGUCCGCGCAGUCCUUCAGCCAGCGUGUCCGCGUCCACUGAGAGCCUGGUGUCGGUGGUGAGUCGCUCGGGUUCUCUCCGCCGCCGCCGCUCGUCGCAGGAGCGCCCCCCCAUCUCUCACAUCCCGGUAGCCAUGAGAGAUCGUUCGCCGGCCACGGGCUGCGUGUCGUCCCGGUCGGUGUCGGCGGUGGACGCGGCGGCCGCCCAGCGAGCCCGCGCCCGAGCUGUGUACUCACACCUCGCUAGGACUAAGGUCGCCGCCGGUAGCGCCAGUCUACAGGGAGAAGUCGCCCAGCAAGCCCGCGUCAAACGUUCCCCAGUGUCGGCGGUGCCUCCCAGCCCUGAGCGGAGCGUGCGGUCCAGGUCGCGCCCCGGAGUGUCUCAGUCACAACCGACGUCCCGGUCGUCGUCUCCAUCAUCCCGCAGCGGUCCCGUGUCGUUGUCGUGUCGCCGCCGUCCGUCCGGCAUCCCCCGGUCGCUGGCGGGGUCCCGUGAGACGAGCCCCACCCGCGCCCGCUCCGGCAGCCUCGCCCGCCGACGGGACUCCGUGGACCGACGGCCGCCCGCCGCCACCCUCCGCCUGCUGCAGCAGUCCAGGGACGCUGAGAACACGCUGAGGAGUCCCGAGGACAGUUCGUCGUGUGAGGUGAGGCGGGACGAUGACUCGGAGGCGUCCUCUGUGUGUAGCGAGCGGAGUCUGGACUCGUACAGGAGACACGACAGCGUGUCCUGGUCAGGCUCCAGCCGGCUGGUGUGGGAGGGGUCUCCGCCGCCCCCGCCCCCCGCCGAUGACGUCAUAGCACUGUGCGCCUCCACACACUGGACCGAGAGGAAGGACGGCCUGACGCAUCUAGCGAACUACCUGAACAGCGGCCGGCUGCUGACGGAGGAGCAGCUGAGGAGGCUGACGGACUUACUGAACAAGAUGUUCGUGGACGCUCACACUAAGGUGUUCUCACUGCUGCUAGACGCUGUGUGCGAGCUGCUGCUGGUGCACUGGCAGCAGCUCAGAGAUUGGCUCUACCAGCUCAUGUUCAGACUACUGAUGAAGCUCGGCACAGACAUCCUGGGUUCGGUACAGAGUAAGAUCAUGAAGACGCUGGACGUUAUACACGAGUGCUUCCCCGCUGAGCUGCAGCUGCAUAACAUAUUCAGGUUCCUGGCGGACGGAGCGACCGCCCCCACCGCCAAGACGAAGGCGGCCGCGCUGCGCUUCCUGGCUGACCUGGCGCACGAGUACUGCACGCCCGCGGGCCUGGCUGCCGCGCUACAUGGCGGCUCGUCCGGCGUGGCGGGUCGAGCUCUAACGAAGGUGGCGGUCCUGGCGGGUGACGCCCGCGCGGGUGACGUCCGCCACUGCGCCCGCCGCGCGCUCGCCGCCCUCUACGACUGUAACCCCGGCCCUUUCACAUCUCUCAUGUCGGAGCUGUCGGCCGACACGCAGGCGCUCGUCAACGGAGUGGUGCAGCAACACGUGAGGAGGACCUCCAGCACCGGCAGCGACAGUCCGCUGAGGUCAACGGCCGCACCCGAUGACGUGUACAGCCGGAUACGGAAGACGACCAGCGAGAUACACACGUACACCACACAACACGCGAACGCGGAGUGUGCGAGCCACGCAUGCAGCAAGGACUCGGGGAUCAGUCAGAUGUCGGAGAGACACAACGGACACGCGCAUGAGGCGGUGGCUCGGGCGGCGUCCGCGGACAGCUCGGAGGCGAGCAGCACCAAGGAGUCCUCGCCCGGACCGCGCCGACCUGACUACCACGGAGAAUACAACACGACCGCCGGAACAAACAACAGAGACAAGAUGAAGCCCUACGAGAUGGACGAGAACGGGAUGGUCAUCACCAAGUCCGGACUGCGCGAGAGCGAGGUGUUGGAGGCGUUGUCGUCGCUGGACGUGGCGGCCGCGGCUCCUGAACACACGGAGCGACUGCUGCUGGCCACGCACGAGGUGCUCAAGUACGGAGACUGUCGACUGCCGCUCGAGUACUUCAAGAACAUCGUCCGCGCCGCGCUCGCCGCACUCUCCGUCGAAGAUAAUUCCGCAGACAAGGAGAACGCUGAGAACGCGACCAACACACAACACGCGUCAGGCUGGGGCACGGCGCAGGAGCGUGCGGCGGCCGAGGCUGUGCGCGUGUUAGUGUGGCUGUGUCGGCGGACGGAGACGCGCGCGCUGUGGGCCGAGUACUUCGACCUCAUACUGCUGAAGCUGAUCAACGCGUACGGGGCAUCCAGCAAGGAGGUCAUGAGGGCCGUGGACGCGGGAAUGACGCACAUCGCGCACGCGCUCCCCGCUGCACAGGUACUCACUGACACGUGGUGUGUGUUGGCGCUACUGAAGCCUGUGAUCCGGACCCGCGGCUACCCUACGUCUCUGUGCGCUCUCAAACUGGCGGCCGAAGUAGCGAAGGCGCGAGGAGACGAACUGACGGAUGAUACUGUGGCGCAACUCAUGGAGGGAGUAGGACAGUUGGCCGACCACCAGAACUCGGCGGUGCGCAAGGCGGCCGUGUUCUGUAUGGUGGCCUUCACGUGCGCGCUCGGAGACGAGCGUAUGACGCCGCACCUCAAGCACCUGUCAGUCAGCAAGUACCGCCUGCUGCAGGUGUACAUCAGUAAGCAGCGCGAGGAGUCCUCCCGGCCGCCGCCCCCCUCCUCCACACACUCGUAG